AUGGAUUCAACUGUACAGAGAUUGCUUAGGCGGCAAAGUUUGCGGUAUGUCGCCUGCAAAGCUCCACCAACUUCAGAAAAUAUUACCUUAGAAAGUUGGGAGCACGAUGUUCUCCAGGUGGUGCUGACCUGCACUCUCACGUGCGCGACAUCUCCUAAUUGUGUUGGAUUCAAUUUCAUGAAGAACAACAUAGCUGACGGUGGCGGUGUUCUCUGCCAGUUUUUCAACACCACUCCUCAGCUGUAUAUCUCGGAGGAUCUGUGCAUCUAUUUCGGAGUAAUUUAUUUGUUGCCGGGUGCUCCGGGCUACAAAUCGACCUGGUUCGUAAUCAUCAUUGUUGCCUUUCCUUUCAUUUUUAUUUCGAAUGAUUCUGAAGACAAACGUUUCGUCAAAAGUUGA